ACACUACUAUAUAACAAAUAAUUUGAGCAUCUAGAAUGGCUUCAACAGAGCGACACGAGCAGGAUAUGAGACAGAAAGCCAGUCGUGCGCUGAGGAGUGGUGUUAAAGACCCUGUGGAGAUGCUGCGACUACAAUGUCUCUCCAGAGGUGCCGCUGGAAUCAAAGGUCUUGGCAGAGCAUUCAGAAUAAUGGACGAUGAUUCCAACAAAAGAUUAGAUAUGAGCGAAUUUAAAAAGGGUAUAAGUGACUACGGUUUAGUGCUAGAAAACGAGGAAUUGCAAGAUCUAUUCAAAACGAUUGACAAAGAUAACUCUGGAUCAAUUUGCUUUGAAGAGUUUUUGUCCAACGUCAGGCCGCCUAUGAACAAAGGCAGAAGAGAGUUGGUACUGAAAGCGUUCAAUAAGUUAGAUAAAACCGGAGAUGGGGUUAUCACUGUGGAUGAUCUGAAAGGAGUUUAUGAUGUAACGAAGCAUCCUAAAUACAUCUCUGGAGAGUGGACUGAAGAACAAGUGUUCCUGAAAUUCCUUUCUUCAUACGAUACUCCUAACGAGUCUGACGGACUGGUAACUAAAGAAGAGUUCAUGAACUACUACUCGGGAGUUAGUGCUAGUAUUGAUAACGACGCUUACUUCGACUUGAUGAUGAGGAACUCUUGGAAAUUGUAGGAAGUGUGAGACUCCAGUAUAAGAGUAUAUUAUCUCCUUCCUUAGUGGCAUUUUAUGGAACAAACGGCAGGAGCGCUGUUUUAUUAUUGAGUAAACUUUCGUCAUUUAGUGGCGCGAGAGCUAGUUUGGGUUCUUUUUUAGAUACACAACUUUAUCAUAACAUUAUCAGACAUUUUAUUUGCUUUGACCUAAUGAUAAGUUUUGAGCACCACUGGAUAAUUUUAUCGUGAAUUUUCAUCGUUUACAGUAUAAGUGUACAGAUCAGUUUGUUAAUGUUUAUAUUUCAUUUAUCUAUUUAUGUAUUAUUGCAGCUGAAUUUGAGUU